GAAGCUGGAGCAGAGAGCUGGCAUGAGUAUAAGGAAGGAGGAAGGACACACUUUCAAUCUUCUGCUUAUGGCUCAAUCCAAAUUUCUGGAUAAGGCACUGGGCGUGGUGGCUCACACCUGUAAUCCCAGCACUUUGGGAGGCUGAGGCCAGUGGAUCACCUGAGGUCAGAAGUUUGAGACCAGCCUGACCAACAUGCUGAAACCCCAUCUCAACUAAAAAUAUAAAAAUUAGAUGGGUGUGGUGGCAUAUGACUGUAGUCCCAGCUACUUCGGAGGCUGAGACAGAAGAAUUGCUUGAACCCAGGAGGUGGAGGUUGCAUUGCAGUGAGCCAAGAUCGUGCCACUGCACUCCAGCCUGGGUGAGAGAGCGAGACACUGUCUCAAAAAACAAAACAAAUUUGUGGCUACCUGGGGGAAGUGGAAUGGGAGACCUGUUGGAAAUAAAGGUUUUUCUUAGAUUCUGAGCCUGGCUGAUUUCAUCUUCUGCUUCUGGCCAGGACAGGCUCUGGGCCCUGCUUUUCACUUCCUACUGGCAUGGGGCAUUGAUCCCAGAGCCAGCUGGGAGCCACAGUCCAGGAACAGAUCUAGCCAUCCUCCUUAGGGAACAACCCCUGAAGCUGAUCCCCCAUUGAGCUCAGCCUUGUGCUUUAGAGUCGCAAGGAGGCUCUGCUGAGUAAGGAACACUUAUGUUUAAGUGUGAUCUCCCCAGGGCAGAUUGGAUGAAACCCUGAAUGCAGAUAAAAAUGCUCCUGCCAGAGGCUCCCUCUGCCUUCCUGAGUGAGAGGGCUGGACUCCACCUCUGAUUGGCACCGUUCCCAGCCCUUCCUUGGUUGCCUGGCAACAGCUCUGUGUAUCUGACUGAGACUACACUAUGGCGACUGGCCGUCCAGCAGCCAAGAGGGUCAUGGUGUACCGGAAUGGGGACCCCUUCUUCCCAGGCUCCCGGCUGGUGGUGAAUCAACGCUGCUUCCCCACCAUGGAGGCCUUCCUCUGCGAGGUGACAUCAGCCGUGCAGGCCCCACUGGCUGUGCGUGCUCUCUACACUUGUCAUGGCCACCCUGUCACUGACCUGGCAGACUUGAAGAAUGGAGGGCAGUAUGUGGCCGCUGGCUUUGAACGAUUCCACAAGCUCCACUAUUUACCCCAUGGAGGGAAGGAUCCAGGUGGGAAGAGCUGCAGACUACAAGGUUCUCCGGUGACUCGCCACCUGUGUGAUGGGCCCCUUGGACUGCGGCUGCCUGCAGGUGCUCCCUGCUACAUCCAUGUGUUCAGGAAUGGGGACCUGGUAAGUCCCCCAUUUAAACUGAAGCUGCCCCAGACUGCCAGCCAGGAUUGGGAAACUGUGUUGAAGCUCCUGACUGAGAAGGUCCAGUUGCAGAGUGGGGCUGUGUGCAAACUCUGCACCAUGGAGGGGCUCCCACUGUCAGCAGGGGAGGAGCUGGUAAGUGGCCAUUACUAUGUGGCCGUUGGAGAGGAUGAGUUCAAGGCCCUCCCCUAUCUGGAGCUGCUGGUGCCCAGCCCUUCCCUGCCCAGGGGCUGCUGGCACCCUCCAGACUCGAAGUCUAGGGCCCACAGGCAGGGGGCCCAAGGCCGCAGGGCACAGGUAACCCAGCCCUCUCCAAAGGAACUAGACCAAAUUGAGCCAUCCACUUUCUAUGCCAGACCCCAGAAGACCAUUCAUCCAAGAAGCAAGUUGCCAACACUGCCUCCCUCUUUAGGAGUUACCGAUAUAUAUGGGGCUCCCCACCGAAGAAAGGAGACAGCAGGGGCCCAGGAAGUAGCAGAUGAUGAAGACGCAGAGGAGCCCUUGGAUCAGAGGGCAGCACAGAUAGUGAAAGAGGCCUUGUCCCUGGAAAACCAGCCUGGGGCUGGAGCUGCUAUCUCAGCCUCAGCCCCUGCUCUGCCAUCUUGAGAGCCCACAGCUCCAGAGAACUGGGGACUACCACUCUGGCCAUCUUUUGUCCUCAGCCUCCAGCAGCUUGUUCCUCAGGAGCCACCACCUCCCCUGGGCUCACAGGGUACACUGCAGCCUCCUUAGCCCUCCCCAUUCUGCUCCUACACCCACCGCCCAGCCUUCCCUUCCUCUGAGCAGGGCAGCCCUGGCUGUGGGGGCUACUUCCUUAUGGGAUUCUCUGGCCAGAGAAAGUAGCUGGCUGAGCCUGGAAGAGGCCACAAACGUGGGAGCAGGUUUGUCACAAUAAAAUAGUAAUGUAUUAA